UGCCUGUGAUUGUGUCAAUGACACGUAUUUCCCUGGAAGUGUAUUCCCAGAAGUAUAUGUGUAUGUAAGCUGGUGACUGUGUGUUUAAGUACGUAUUUGCCUGGAGGUGUAUUCCCAGAAGUACAUGUAUAGUGCCAUUUCGUGACGUGGAUGAGCCGAGUUCCCUCGAAGACGACGAGGACGAUUGGUGCCAUCCUGACGUGGAUUCCGGUUGAUGCCCAUGCACGGGUGACUGCGGAUCGUGACGACUCGAGCUGGCAUGAUCACGUUUUCUCACAAUGCCUUGUUUACCGAAUGCCCGGGUACGAGUAUAUAUUGCGGUCGGUUGUGGGAAGCGGCAUUCAUUCGAAUUCUACAAAGCCUGCGGGUCAGGACUUAAGGAAAGCACUUCUUAAGAAUAUAGCUGGUUCGAAGUAUACAUUGACAUCAGAAUAAACGAUGCAUAUUUCAAUGAAGAUUGUCGUCGCAGUGUUGGUUUGUGCAGUUAUCCUAAGCGAAGCCCGACCACAGGGUGGGUCAGGAAAUCAGCAACGGCCUUCGAAAGGGUCCGGAAAGCAGAAGCCCACACCAAUGCAAAGAGCCAAGCCAACGCAGACACCCAAGCCAGCAAAUGGUGGCGGUGACUUAAAGCCGCCGAGGAGACCGGAAGCUGUAAAAGGCGCGGGAAAAUUCUGCGGCGCACUCGUGAACGGAAAUAUCACCAACAACAACACGACAUUCGACGGUGUGUUCACCAGCGUCAGCGGCGUCUGCACGGAUCUCCUGGCCUGGCUAGAAGCCAACAAGCCGACAGACGCCCCGCCUGCUGAGGGAACUGGUAAACGUGGCCCAGCUGGAGGUAAGAAAUCCCGCGGUGGAAAGGACAGUUCCGAGAGUGAUGAUGCCGACCGCCAUGGCAAUAAGACUGCCGUCGAUAUCCUACUGCAUGUGUGUGAAGGCGUCGAGAAGAUUCCCGUUGACGACCCGACCAUCCCCGCAGACUUGAAGAACAUCAUCACCCGAUUUGACACCGAGUGUGAUGAGGCAAGAAAACUUGCCGGCGGCUCGGCUCCCACUGACGCCCCAGUCCCAACAGCUGCCCCAAAUUAGGAACCACUUUAUACCAUACAAUAACUUUGCCGAAAAAAAAUUACAACGCAGUUAAUUUUGCCGUUUGUGAUUUAUGUAGCCUAAACAGAUUAUUGUCAACACAAAUGUUAUUGAAGUAAAGCCCUUAAGGCAAAUGUGCAUUAAAGUACACGCACACACAAUGCAUUUGACAACGAACUUAUCACGUUAUGGUAGGUUCUAGAGCCUUUUGAAUUUGAAUACUGCUUAGUUGAUAGAUAUACGUUGCAUUUUGAUAGGGAUAUACUGCGUAGGACGUUAUGUUAAAUAUGUUUAAGUCAGUAAAAUACUCGACGCUGGUCGUCUUUCUCGUUGAUACUAUUGUAAGACGAGGCAUUUGAUAAAAAAUGACCAUGAACUCGCAUAAAGCAUCUUGCUUUUGUUUAUUUUAAACUAACAGAAUGUCCAUUUGUUCAUAUUGUUUUAUCAGUGGUAUUGUGUCACUUGAAUUUACACCUAUGGUAUAUCUUGUCUUGUGGCCAUGAUUUUUUUAAAUAAAUAAUACAAUAAAAAAACACCUA